AUGUUCUAUCACAUUCAAAGUUCGAGUCUUCUCGUCAAGUGCGUCUAUCGGCUGACCGUGGUCACUUAUCCUUCGUACACGCAGGUUUCUGCCAGUUUCAAAGCUAUUUGCCAAACGGUCUGGUUUUGCAGAUCUGGAAAAAGUACUACCUGUUUGUUUACGCCGCCGUCUUCGUGUACUCGGCCGCAAUGACCGUUCCCUACGCAUUCGUCAGUCAACUCAACACGAUCACCUACAAUUCGACCACAGAAUCCUUGGAGUAUCAUUCGAACCGAUGGGGAGAUUACGCGUGGAUUCUCGACUUCCAAGUGGUUGCUUAUCUUCUGGCGACAGUCGGAAUCGGAGCCUGGACAAUGAGAAACAUCAAAAAGAACCUGGCCGAGUCGGAUAUCGCAUCGAAGACUAUGCGGAACAUCAUUGCGUUCGAUGUGCUCAUUCACGUCUGCGUGGCGGUCAGCCACUGUCUUUUCAAGAUUAGCAUGGGCAAUUAUUUGAAAACAGCCGUGCUCUUCUGUGUUUCCGAUCUGGUAGGUUCCCUGUUCUGGAAGCCUCUCGUCACGACUUCCUUCCAGAUCUCACUCUCCACUCCGUACAAUUUGUUCCUCUGUGACAAAAACUUCCGAAAAAUCAUCAUCGAAAAGCUCCGUCGCAAGAGUAGAAUCUCUCGAAACUCGCCGCCCACCAUCGAGAAAGUGCCGAAUAACACAAAGUUCUAG